CCAACAACAACUGUGAUGGGAGAUCAGCCAAAGGCAACAACAACAACUACCAGUGGAGGGUCGGCUGCAGGAGGAUCAGCAGCGGGUUCAGUAGCGACUGAGGGUGACACCGUUAUGGCCGCCGCGACCCAAGAAGCCGUUGGCAUUGCCAUUGCCAUGGCCAAUGGAAACGGUAAUGGUAACGGUAAUGGCAACGGCAACGGCAACGGCAACGGACCGGAGCAUCCACCGCCGGAGUUGCAGGAGUCGCAGGAACCAGAUGGUGUCCAGGGACAGGCGGACAACGAGGCCGGUGGUAGCACCGAUGUUGGCGACGAUGCGGCCACCGAUGCCGGUGCCAGCUCUCUGCCACCGUCGGAGAUCGGUGGACGGGCACCGUUGGACACGGCCGGCUCGGACGGCGGCGGUGUGGCCUCCAGCCUGGCCGGUGGCAUGGUGGGUCCGCCCAGCCCCCUGACCGGAUGCUAUCUGCUGAUCGUGCUCGGGGAGCCGCAUUCCGAGGAGCACAAGGACAACAUCUUGCAGCAUCUGUUGAAGGGAUUCCUCUCCUGGGACGUAUCCGAUUGCCACGUCGAUUUGGAGGAGGAACUCAAUACGAUAACACAACAUGCGCCCGAGGGAGAGGAGGCACGUCACGGUGAACGUCUUAUACAGUAUGCCAGCGAGAAUCUGGUAACAGAGGUGCUCAUCCAUCCGCAGUACAACACGUUGAUCCAGUGCAUGCGAAAUCUGCUCAGCAGCUUCACCCGGCAUCGGCACAUCAUCCAUGCCGGCUACACCUUCAGCGGCAAUGGUUCCUGGAUACUGCAGGAUGGAACCUUUUCGGUGGCCGACUUUGCGGAGGCGUUUCAGGAGCACGACGUACAAAGGGUAAUACGCGCCUACGCGGACACCAUCACCAUGAACAUCCAUUGCGCGGAUGCGGGUCUGUGGCACACGCUACCGGAUAAAUCCUUUGCGCGUCAGUGCAAAAUCCGUAUCAAUCCCGUGGAUGUUCUGGACACCAGCAGUGAAUGCAUCAAUGGCUUCCUGGACUACCUAGCGCCCAUGGUGAUGCCCACAUCGCUGCGUGAGCUGCUCGAGACCUCAGAUGUGGUGGGCAACAUUCGCUUUACGCAUCCCACGCUCUACGUCUUCCCCGGCGGGCAGGGCGAUGCGGCUCUCUUUGGUAUCAAUGGCUUUAAUAUGCUGGUCGAUGGCGGCUUCAAUCGUAAGGCAUGCUUUUGGGACUUUGCCCGCCAUCUCGAUCGACUGGACGCUGUGCUGAUGACGCGCCUGAACAACAGCAAUGUGCAGGGGCUUGGGGCGGUGGUCUCUCGGAAGCGGGACUCGCAUGUCUACCCCCAGAUUGGGCACUUUUUCGGCAAUGUACCUGACCGCAAGGGACUGCCCAGUCCCGAUGGUGAUAAGGAUCGCAAUCCGCUGCUGAUCGAUCUGUUCGAGCGGGGCCAUGGCAUCGUGAGUGACCUGAAGGCUCUGGAUCUGAAGCCGCAGAGCUGCUACCGCAACCAGGAGCCGAUUAAUCUGUACCACAAGGUGGGCCACGGCACCCUGGACAUGUACGUGAUCAGUCCGGCCCGCGACUCCAAGGAGGUGAAGGAGUUUAUGCAAAAGUGGAAUGCCGGCGAUCAGCGUUUGUUCGCCGCCCGCGACUCCAAGGACUUUAACUUCCCGCUGCAGAAUCUCGUCUCCAUUUGUGCACUACUCGUGUGGCAGCCCGCCAAUCCGGACGACACCAUCACCCGCAUUCUGUUCCCCGGCAGUACGCCUGACUUCAAGAUCCAGGAGGGUCUCGAGAAGCUUAAACAUCUGGAGUUCAUGAAGCACUCGACGUGCACGGCCAAGUCCAUUGCUCCGGCCAUCCAAACGGUCGCCAGCACCCGCAAGAGCCUCAAGUCUGCUAUUGAGGCGACGCCCGCUCCGCCCAGCGCCAGCUACAAGCCCAUCUCCAAGUUUGGACCCGUUGCCAGCGCCGCCGUUGCCGUCCAGCAUCACCAGCAGCAGGACAACAAGGCCAAGGAGGAGGCUGCCAAGGCAGCAGCUGCAGCUGCCGCGGCGGCUGCUUCUGCCACUGCUGCUGCCGCGAUAGUCCGCACCAAGGCAGACUCCAUGGACACGGAUGUGGAACCGGAGGCGGAACCAGGGGCAGACACUGGGGAUGAGGCAGCGCCUGCAGAGUCCGAGCCAGUGGAGACGGAGGCUGAGGCCGAUGCUGAGCCUGAACCGGAGGCUGGAGAGCAGGAGAAACCCGAGCAGGACAACAAGGAUGAGGAGAAGAAAGAGGAGGCACCAGCAUCAGCCCCGUCCAAGGAUGCCGUCGAUGCCGUUGCAGUGGAAACGGCAACCCCUGCGGAUGCCACAUCCACCAGCAAGCAAGCAGCAGGAAAGGCAGCCAAGGGAAAGCUGGACAAGCCACGGGCCGAAGUAAAGCCCGUGGUGCGCUCCAGGAUCGACACGAAGCCGCCCAAGUCCAUGGACCGUAAGCUGGUGAAGCGCGAGGAGAAGAAGAGUUCGCCGACGGCCACGCCCGCGUACCGUGCGAAUGCCUCGCGUGACGGAAAGUACAAAGCAAUGUCCCGUCCGGCCACCAAGUCCAGUCCCAGCAGCACCCCGGCCAAGAGCGCCAAGGAGGCCAACAACCGCAAGGUGCUGGAGUCCAAGCAGCAGGCAGCGGCGGCGGCCGCAGGACGUCAGACGACCACCAGUGCCAGCACGCGGCGUGCCACAAGCAGCAGCAGCACCACCGCAACCACGGCAACCACUGAGAGAAAGAUUCAGCAAAGCCAAGCAGAGUCCAAGACGACGACGCAGACAGCGGCGCAGCGGAAGCCCAUCUCGAGGCGACCCCGAGGGGUGUCUCCCUCCAAGCGGGCACCAGCACCAGGUAGUCCCAUCAAGCAGGCCAAGCCGAAGGCAGCGGACCUCAAGAAGGCGCGUCUGGACAAGGGCGGCACCACGGACUCGAGCCUGGUGUCGACGCCAUCGGCCGACGAUGCGACAGCUGCCAAGAAGCUGCAGGAUCUGACCGCCUCCCAGGAGCUCGAUGCGGAGAAGCAGCGCGAGCUGGACGACCUCAAGGAGGAGCAGGAGGUGGUGCGCGAGAUCGAGGCGGUGUUCAGCCGGGACGAGAUGAAGCGCCAGCAGCUGAUCAAGGCCGAGCUGCGGGAGAUGGCCAAACAGGACAGCACCACUGAGGCCGAGGAGGAGGAGGAGUACCUUAUUAUCGAGAAGGAGGAGGUCGAGCAGUACACUGAGGACUCGAUCAUCGAGCAGGAGAGCAGCAUCACCAAGGAGGAGGAGAUCCAGAAACACCAGCGCGACUCCCAAGAGUCGGAAAAGAAGCGCAAGAAGAGCGCAGAGGAGGAGAUCGAGGCCGCCAUUGCGAAGGUGGAAGCCGCCGAGCGCAAGGCCCGUCUGGAAGGCAGCGGCGCAUCUGCUGCAGCCGCAUCAGCCAGACACGAGGAUCUUACUGCAGAGGGUGAGAUUAAGGCCGAGCUGCAGGAGAUUAUCGCCUCGGCCAAGGACAUUGUCAAGUCGCGUACCGAAGAGCAGCUGGCCAAGCCCGAGGAGGAGCUGUCCUCGCCCACGCCCGAGGAGAAGAUCAGCAAAAAGACAUCGGACACCAAGGACGAGCCCUUAGAGGCACCCGAGGCGCUGCCCAUUAAUCUACAGGAAAGUCUUCCAGAGGAGAAGUUCUCCGCCACCAUCGAGUCGGGCGCCACCACAGCCCCCACCCUGCCAGAGGACGAGCGCAUUCCGCUGGACCAGAUCAAGGAGGACCUGGUCAUCGAGGAGAAGUACGUGAAGGAGGAAACCAAAGAAGUCGAAUCAGUCGUUGUGGCCAGAGUAAUCCUGCCCGAUGCAGCUUCGGCCACAGCUGACGCUGAAGCUGCUAUCGCGGCCGCUGUGGCGCCUAAGGAUGUGAAAACCACGGUCCAGGCUGCCGAGCUUCCUGAGUCCGGAGAUCGAGUCCUGCCCAUGAAAAUGACCUUCGAGGCGCAGCAGAACCUAAUGAGGGACGUGAUUAAGACUCCCGACGAGGUUGCCGACCUUCCUGUCCAUGAGGAGGCCGACUUGGGCCUGUACGAAAAAGACAGUCAGGACUUAGGUGCCAAAAGCAUUUCGCACAAGGAGGAGUCCGCCAAGGAAGAGAAGGAAACCGACGACGAAAAGGAAACUGAGGUCGAAGCUGAAGAUGUUCAGCAAGCCAAAGAAGCUCCAGUGGCUCCCGUGGAACCAGCCAAGGCCGCAACCCCAACAGCAGCCGCAGUGGAAGAGACAGUGGAGGAGGUGAUCCAGAAACAGGUGGUCCAGCAGGUCCAAGAGCUCGAAACAAAGAUCGAGGCAGCAGUUAUCACAGAGAAAGAGGCAAAGAAGUCAGCGAGCACACCCGAAGAGAAGGAGACCAGUGACAUUACAUCCGAAGACGAGCUCCCCGCUCAUUUGACUGGGCCAGCAAUCGCACCAUCAGCAAAGGCCAAAGAUCGCGAGGACACCGUAUCAAUGGAGAGUCCUGCCACCAUUGAGGAAGCCGUUGAAGUUGAAGUGAAGCUCGAUAAGCAGCAAGUGGCACCGACACCUUCCACAGAGGAAACACAAGAAGCAUCGCGAAGGGAGAGCGUCGCGGAUGAGAAGUCUCCACUUGCCUCAAAGGAACCCUCAAGUCCACCUUCCGUAGCAGAAAGCGUCAAAGAUGAAACCGAACAGCCAGAAAGUCGUCGAGCUUCAGUUGUAGAAAGUUUAAAGGCAGGCAGCACCAAGGGCGAGAAGUCUCCACUUGCAUCAAAAGAAGCUUCAAGAGCAGAAUCUGUGGCAGAUAGCGUCAAAGAUGAAGCUGAGAAGCCAGAAAGUCGUCGUGAAUCCGUCGCAGAGAGCGUAAAAGUAGGAAGCACCAAGGACGAGAAGUCUCCACUUGCAUCAAAGGAAGCAUCUCGACCAGAAUCUGUCGCAGAGAGCGUCAAAGAUGAAGCUGAGAAGCCAGAAAGUCGUCGUGAAUCCGUCGCAGAGAGCGUGAAAGCAGGAAGCACCAAGGACGAGAAGUCUCCACUUGCCUCAAAGGAAGCAUCUCGACCAGAAUCGGUAGCGGAAAGCGUCAAAGAUGAAGCUGAGAAGCCAGAAAGCCGUCGAGCAUCAGUUGCAGAGAGCGUGAAAGCAGGAAGCACCAAGGACGAGAAGUCUGCAGUUACAUCAAAAGAAGCUUCUCGACCUGAAUCGGUAGCGGAAAGCGUCAAAAGUGAAGCUGAAAAGCAAGAAAGUCGUCGUGAAUCUGUCGCAGAGAGCGUAAAAGCAGAAAGCACGAAAGACGAGAAGUCUGCAGUUACCUCAAAGGAAGCUUCAAGACCAGAAUCUGUGGCAGAGAGCGUCAAAGAUGAAGCUGAGAAGCCAGAAAGCCGUCGAGCAUCAGUUGCAGAAAGCGUAAAAGCAGGAAGCACCAAGGACGAGAAGUCUCCACUUGCCUCAAAGGAAGCAUCUCGACCAGAAUCUGUGGCAGAGAGCGUCAAAGAUGAAGCUGAGAAGCCAGCAAGCCGUCGUGAAUCGGUCGCAGAGAGCGUAAAAGCAAAAAGCACGAAAGACGAGAAGUCUGCAGUUGCCUCAAAGGAAGCUUCAAGACCAGAAUCUGUGGCAGAGAGCGUCAAAGAUGAAGCUGAGAAGCCAGAAAGUCGUCGUCAAUCUGUCGCAGAGAGCGUGAAAGCAGGAAGCACCCAGGACGAGAAGUCUCCAAUUGCCUCAAAGGAAGCAUCUCGACCAGAAUCUGUCGCAGAGAGCGUUAAAGAUAAAGCUGAGAAGCCAGAAAGUCGUCGUGAUUCGGUCUCAGAAAGCGUCAAAGCCGGAAGCGCAAAGGAUGAGAAGUCUCAACUUCCCUCAAAAGAAGCUUCAAGGCCAGCAUCUGUUGCAGAGAGCGUCAAAGAUGAAGCUGAGAAGCCAGAAAGUCGCCGCGAAUCCGUCGCAGAGAGCGUCAAAGCAGGAAGCACCAAGGACGAGAAGUCUCCACUUGCCUCAAAGGAAGCAUCUCGACCAGAAUCGGUGGCGGAAAGCGUCAAAGAUGAAGCUGAGAAGCCAGAAAGUCGUCGUGAAUCGGUCGCAGAGAGCGUAAAGCCAGGAAGCGCCAAGGACGAGAAGUCUCCACUUGCCUCAAAGGAACCCUCACGUCCACCUUCCGUAGUAGAAAGCGUCAAAGGUGAAGCUGAGAAGCCAGAAAGCCGUCGUGAAUCCGUUGCAGAGAGCGUAAAGGCAGAAAGCACGAAAUACGAGAAGUCUGCUGUUUCCUCAAAAGAAGUUUCUCGACCCGAAUCGGUUGCGGAAAGCGUCAAAGAUGAAACUGAGAAGCCAGAAAGUCGUCGUGAAUCGGUCGCAGAGAGCAUCAAAGCAGGAAGCGCCAAGGACGAGAAGUCUCAAGUUGCCUCAAAGGAACCCUCACGUCCACCUUCCGUAGUAGAAAGCGUCAAAGGUGAAGCUGAGAAGCCAGAAAGCCGUCGUGAAUCCGUCGCAGAGAGCGUAAAGGCAGAAAGCACGAAAUACGAGAAGUCUGCUGUUUCCUCAAAAGAAGUUUCUCGACCCGAAUCGGUUGCGGAAAGCGUCAAAGAUGAAACUGAGAAGCCAGAAAGUCGUCGUGAAUCGGUCGCAGAGAGCGUCAAAGCAGGAAGCGCCAAGGACGAGAAGUCUCAAGUUGCCUCAAAGGAACCCUCACGUCCACCUUCCGUAGUAGAAAGCGUCAAAGGUGAAGCUGAGAAGCCAGAAAGUCGUCGUGAGUCAGUCGCAGAAAGCGUAAAAUCAGGAAGCACCAAGGACGAGAAGUCUGCACUUGCCUCAAAAGAACCCUCUCGACCGGGAUCAGUGGCAGAAAGUAUCAAAGAUGUGACUGAAAAUUUAGAAACAGCUGAUGAAAAGUCUGCUGUUCCUUCUAAGGAAGCUUCACCAAGGCCAGGAUCUGUUGCAGAAAGUAUUCCUGAUGACCACGAAAAGGACAUGAAGUCAUCCGUAUCGCCUAUGGAAACUGCAUCUUCGCCAAUUGAAGAGGCGCCAAAGGAGCUUCCAGGGAGCGAACUCAUAACAAAGGCUCACCUAACACUUAGCCUGCAUGCGGAUGCAGCGGCAGGCAAGCUGCCUACAGAUUCUAGCCCCGUGGACGUUGCCCAGGGCGACUUCUCACAUGUUCUUCCGGCCACUUCAACAAAACCUACAGUUGGUCCCACUCAACCAGCAGAAGAGUCGAAAGUAGCCACGGCAGAAACUCUCUCGUCACCUGUUGAUGUAGCGCCGAAAUUUCCUUCUGUCGAGGAGCAGAUGUCACCACGACCAGAUUCUCCUGCAGAAAGUGUCAAAGAAGAGAGUGCUAAGGAUGGUAAGUCUCCCGUACCAUCGAAGGAACCCUCGCGGUCAGAAUCUGCUGCCGAAAGUGUAAAAGAAGACUCAGCAAAACCAGAGAGCUUGAAGGAUGACAAGUCUAAGGAACCGUCUCAAGUUCCUUCAAAGGAAACAUCUCGACCGGACUCAGUGGCGGAAACUGCGUCUUCUCCAAUUGAGGAGGCACCAAAGGAUUUCGCACAAUUCGAACAAGCUGAAAAAAUAAAGCUGCCCUUGAUCAUUGACCUAAAGGGGGAUCUCCCCACGCUCUCUAGUCCUGUCGACGUUGCUCAUGGAGAUUUUCCUCCCGCAACAACUAGCGCCACAACACAACCGUCUGCCCCUUCACAGCCAGCUGAGCUUGCCCAAGUUGGCACAGAGAAGACUGUAUCGAGUCCUAUUGAUGAAGCCCACAAGUCCCCUUUUGGUGAAGAUUUAGAGAGGCCAGAAUCUCCUGCAGAAGAAGGCAGUGAUGAAGCCAAGUCAGGGGAGCCAUCACGUCGCGAAUCAAUCGCAGAAACUAGUAAGCCGGCAAGUGCAAAGGAGGCCUCCUCUAAGGAAACCUCUCAACCAGAAUCCGUUGUGGAGAGCGUCGAAGACGAUGCUGAAAAGCUUGAGAGCGUACCUGAUGACAAAUCAAAGGAGGCAUCACGUCGCGAGUCCCUGGCUGGGAGUAAAAAGAGAAGCGCUUCUCCUCCUACGGCAGUCUCAAAGGAAACUUCACGACCAGACUCAGCCGUCGAUGGUGCCACAAUUGCAAGCCCCAAACCUGAAAGUGCAACAGAGGCUUCCCGGCGCGAGUCUGUAGCCGAAAGCGUUCAGCCAGAAAGUAUAAAGAGCGAUGACAAGUCAGCCGCUCCAUCAAAGGAGACAUCGCGACCAGCAUCGCUUACCGGAAGCGUUAAGGAUGAUAAGUCGUCCCCCGCUGCCUCAAAGGAAGCGUCCCGCCCAGAGUCGUCUUUAGAAACAGCUUCGUCUCCGAUCGAGGAGGGCCCAAAAUCCAUCGCUGACUUAAGCCUUGAGUUGAGCCAAACCACAGCCGAGCCCAAAGGAAAGCUACCGACCCUGUCCAGUCCCGUAGAUGUAGCCGAUGGCGACUUCUCGAAGCCACCGCUGGAUACUUCCUCGGGAUCUAGUGCAAUAUCUAAGCCCGCUGAACUCUCCCAGGCUGCUGCUGCAGCGCACACAGCGUCUAGCCCUGUGGAUGAGGCUUCCCCUCUACUGGAAGCCCUCGAGGAAACCAUUGAGAAAGUGGAAAAGCAUAUCACCCAAGCAGAAAGUGCACCAGCAAGCGUUGAGUUGAUUGAUUUGUUGGAUCUCAAGGACACUAAGGUGGUAGUGGAGGAAAAGACGGCGACCACCGUCGAGACUAUUGAGAGCACAGUGGUGGAGACCCUUGAGAAGGUCAGCAAGGAGAGCAGCCAUCAGCUAACAGAGCUGCAAUCUGUGGUGGACACCAAAGUGAGUGCUGUGACCUCUUUGAUAAACGCUGCUGUCGAGACUGCUGGAGCAAUGCUCACCGACGUUGCAGAAAAAGUCUCUGAAGUCGCAGAGAAAGUUAGCGACGUUGCAGAUAAAGUGGUGUCCGAGGCGGACACCAAAACUACCACAGAUGGAGUCGCCGACGUUGCGGACGCUUCUGACAAGGGCAGCCUAGAUCUCAGUGGCUUCUCUGAGCUACGGGAGACACACAUCACCACCGUUGGGUCGCCCGAGUUCACGGUGACCAUCUGUGAGCGAGAUGAGCCCGUCCUGCACGAUAUCAAGGAAGAGGAUGAGGAGCACAGGUUCUCGCCACCAACCGAGAAGACAGCAAUGCUGACAAAGCAGCCCGUGCGUCCGCUGUCGCCGCGAGAGGAGGAGGUCUUCAAGAUCGUGGCUGAUGUGGCCAAGGUGCUGAAGUCCGACAAGGACAUUACCGAUAUCAUACCCGACUUUGAUGAGAAGGAGCUGGAGGAGAAGCUAAAGUCCGCUGAUCCCGACGAUGAGGAGUCCGACAAAAGCCCAAAGACAGCCUCGACGCCCACCAAAGAGUCCCUGGAGAUCAAUGUGAUGAAGGUGGACAUUGAAUCCGAAAAGUCCUCACCCGACCAGAAGUCCGGCCCCAUCUCCAUCGAAGAGAAGGACAAAAUCGAGCAAUCAGAAAAAGCUCAGCUGAGGGAGGGCGCAGAUAGAGCGGCCAGCAAGGACCCCAGCCGUCCAGAGUCUGCAGCCAGCCAACAGGGAGCCACAGAAUCAAUUCCCUCGCGCCCCGAGUCCGUUGCAAGCCACAAGAGCCAAGCCAAGGAGGAAGAGCAGGAUAAGUCUCAGGUCGUCUCAAAGGAGACCUCGCGUCCCGCUUCACGGCUUAGCAGUGCAGCCGAGCAGGUAGAUGAGAAAUCUCCAACUGCGGCCAGGCGUGAGAGUCAGCAGAGUCACAAGGAAGAGGCUAUGGAGGCCUCCCGUCCCGCAUCCGUGGCCAGUCAUAUCAGCGAAAAGGAAGUCAAGACUACCAAGGAGACGGAAUCCUCGCUACCAGCCUCUAGCACUGGCCACACAAGCGCCAAGGACGAGGAGACUUCCACUAUCUCUACGACAAUCGAGACCAAGGAGGAGAAGAAGGAGGAAAAGUCCAGCGAAACGGUUUCCGUGUCCAAGUCCACUGUGAGCCAGAGCCUGCUGAAGGAGGAGUCUUCCACCCUCCAGUCCAGCGAGUCGCUGAGCAGCAGCCUGAAGGUAGAAGAUGGCUCCCGAUGCGAGUCCCUCUCCAGCCUGGUCACAGAGAAGGCGAGCACCAGCACCAGCGUCAAGGAGGACGGCGAGAGCGAGAGCCUCAUCAAACUGGUAGAGAAGACAAGCACUGCAGCCUCAUCGAUGCUGGAGGAGCUGCUCAUCCAGUCCGAGGAGUGCUCUUCAGAGUCCAUUGUCAGCGAGAUCCAGACAAGCAGCGCCCAGAAGGCUCUGUCCAAGGAAACGAAGGAGGAGACCCACGAAAGCAGCACAAUCAGCAGCAGCAGCACCAGGGAUGAGAGCCUCAAGGAGACCGUCGCCGAAUUUCUGGCCACUGAGAAGAUCGUCUCGGCCAAGGAGACCUUCAGUGCCGAGGCUUCCAAGACGGCAGAGGAGUGCCUGAGGAAGGCCACUAGCAGCAGCGCCACCUCCACCCAGAGGACAGUUUUCGUCGGCACGGACGAGUCGCGACGCGAGUCAGUGCUAAGCCACACCAGCGAGGGUCGCCAGACCCACAGCGACCCGGAGGACGAUGACAUUGACGGCGACGAGGAGGAGGAGCGGGCCAGCGUGAAGGAGAAACGCUCCAAGUCUAUUGCCACCAUCAUGAUGACCAGCAUCUACAAGCCCUCCGAGGAGGUCGAAUCGAUUGCCACGCUUGAGGAGCACGAGGAGGACCAUCACGAACAGGAGCAACAGCAACAGCAGUCCAGCUCAUCGAAGGAUAUGUCAACCACUAGCAAGACAACAACUCUGCUGCAAUCCAGCGACCAGCAGAGCAGCAGCACCAGCACUACCACCAGCACCAGCACCACUCAGAAGUCUAGCACCACCUCGAAGACUGCCGGCAAGGUGGAGUCCAUCACCCUCACGCAGAUCGACCAGGACCAGGCAGAAGGCCACAGUGACAUCGUGGACCGCAAGACGCCACCGACGGCACCGGUUAGUCCCAGCGUGAAGCCAACGGGCUCUUCGGCAGGAGGAGCGGCUGGGGGUGGAAGCAUUGCCUCAACCUCGGGCCCUCUAUCGCCCAAGGAUACAAGCGGCAAGUCGAGUCCCGGUGGCCUCACCUCGGAGAGUCAGUCCAUACCCACACCGCUGGGUCGGGAGUCGCACACUGAGACGCCGGAGUCGUCACCGAAGCCAACGUCACCGUUCCCACGCGUCAGCAAGGACGAGCUUAAGCAGAUGUCCCUGGACGGAGAUCACGGGGAUGUCGAAGCCGAUCUGCCCGAUCUGCACGAGCUGCGUGGCAUCGAGAGCACCACGGCGCUGAGCGGCAGCACGGAAAAGAUCAUUACCACGACAAUCACCACAGUCACCAAGGUGAUCUCCUCGGAUGGCAAAGAGAUCGUCACAGAGCAGAAGACGGUGACGACCACGGACAGCUCUGAGCCAGACAGCGAGAAGGUGGUCGUGACCACCACCCGCACCACCAGUGAGAGCGAGAAGAGUGACCGCGACCAGAUCCUGCCCAAGGAGGUGGCUCUGCUGCGAGGCUCCGGCUAUCGUUCCAGCACCCCGGGCAGCGAGGACGAUGAGGAACUGCCCGGUUCGCCCAGAAGUGCCACCAGCUACGAGCUGCAGCACUCGAGCUCUGGCGUGAGCAAGCGGUCCGACCUGGAUGCCGACGACAGCCAGGAUGACAUUCCGCCGCAAUACGGCAGCGAGGAGCACUCCACAGCCCGCUCCAUUCUGCUGCCGCGUACAGCCGAUCCCAUGGCCACCUCGUUCUAUGGGGCGCUGCCCGACAGCUUCGAUGUGAAGCCCAGCAGCAGCAGCACCGAGCCGAUACCCAUCCAGGGAGGAGCCGGUGGGGCGCCAGGCGAUAGCCAGUCAUCGGACAGCGUGGAGAGCAGCAGCCAGACCUGGGCUGGGCACAAGUUCCUCGACCAGGCGGACAAGGACUUCCAGAAGGCGCUCGAGGAGCAUGUGCAGGCGCGUGGCGCCGAGGUAAUGUCUUCCGUCACCGCCAAGUACUCCUACUCCCCGUCAAAGGCCGACGAGGUCGAACAGAUUGUCACCAGCACCGCCGAGCGCCAACGUUUCCCACUCAGCGAUGUCCAGCGAUUGCGCAUCGCCGAGAGCAGCUUCAGCUCAGUGGGCGACGGUCAGACUAAAACCACAGCCACAAGCACAACCACAGAAACAUCAUCGCAGGAGAAGAAGGAGGGAGAUGGAGCAGCCAUGACGACAUCUACAACCACAACCACGACCACAACGAGCAGCACCAGCAGUGGCGGCUCCGCAACUCUGCCCAAGGAUCCAAAGGAUCGCCUGGAGGAAUGGGGCAAGCCUUUGGGCUUACCCUCACCCGCACCGCUGCCCGUCGAGGGUGGCUCCGACAUCCGCACCACGCCCAAGAAGGAGCGUCGUCUGGUGGCCACCAAGACGCGUCUGAACAACGAGAAGAACAUCCGCAAGCGCAGCGAAUCACCGAACAAGGUCAGCAAGAAGCCGGCUCCGGUUUAUGUGGAUCUGACCUACGUGCCCCACAACGGCAACUCGUACUACGCCCACGUGGACUUCUUCAAGCGCGUUCGUGCACGCUACUAUGUCUUCUCGGGCACUGAGCCCAGUCGUCAGGUGUACGAUGCCCUGCUGGAGGCCAAGCAGACCUGGGAGGACAAAGAGUUGGAGGUUACCAUCAUACCCACAUACGACACCGAUGUGCUUGGCUACUGGGUGGCUGAAAAUGAGGAGCUGCUGGCCAAGCAUCGCAUCGAUCUGUCGCCAUCGGCUUCACGCUGCACGAUCAACUUGCAGGAUCAUGAGACCUCGUGCUCUGCCUAUCGCCUGGAGUUCUAGGCCACGGGCUUGUUUAUUGCAUUCGACGAUGACUAAACCAGAAAGAAACCAACCAA